CCUCAAUUUAUUUGAAAUAUGUAUAUAUUGUGAACUUUGUGAACAACAAUGACAAACUUUAAUGACUCGACUGCAGAGCCUCUAUUUUUUGCGGUUGAAAUGCAAAAUUUUUCUUAUUUGAACCUUCUAUCUACAUAUUCAUUAUGGUCAUUUUGGUAUUAACCGGUACUAAUAAUAAUAGCAUAUUCUUAUCAGUUAUUAUCUCCUCGAGUUAUUAAUUAUAAAAAUGAAUGAUUUCCUGGCAGUAAUUUUAAUAUGUUUGGAGUGGCUUAAUUUAAUUAGACUAUACAUGAGGAUGAGCAGCGAAGUAUUUCGGCGAUGGUGGGUCAAACCCCAUAUAAAAACUCAUAUGAGAGAAUUGUUUGGAGCAUUUGAUACUAUUUUUAAUUAUUUUGUCAAUAAUGACCAUGAGAAUUUUCGAAAAAUGGUUCGAAUGAGUGUGGAGCAAUUUGAAGAGUUGCAUGGCUUAAUUCAUCAUCGGCUACAAAAGAGAAGUCUCAGACAACCGUUGUCAACAAGACUUCGCUUGGCUGUUACUUUAUCUAUUCUUGCCCACGGUGACAAUUUUUACACUACCAGCAAUUUUUUCCGCAUUGGUUUGUCAACGACAUAUAGCAUAAUUGCUGAGGUAUGCCCAAUUAUUUGGGAAUGUCUGCAGCCUCUAUAUUUGAAAGGGAAUAUCGAACUCAACGAUUGGAUAGUUACUGCCGAGGGUUUCAGAGUGAAAUGGGAUUUACCCAACUGUAUCGGAGCAAUUGAUGGAAAGGAAAUUGCCAUAAAUAAACCAGAAAAUUCUGGUAGCAUUUUUUUUAAUUACAAAAAAUUUUUUAGUUUUAAACUGAUGGCAAUGUGUGAUUCCUUUUGCCGAUUUUCUUGGGUUGAUAUUGGAGAUUACGGCAGCGUAAGUGACGUCUCGGCAUUUCAACAAACCGAAUUUUACCGAAAGUUGGAGAAUAAUUUAGCAAAUUUGCCAAAUCCAGCUUAUUUGCCAAAUUCAAAUUAUAUUUCCUCCUAUUUCAUAGUUGGAGACGGAAUUUUCGCCUUAAAACCAUAUAUGAUGGUCCCAUAUAAAAGAAAUUUACGCCUUACUAGAACACAGCAAUUGUUUAAUUAUCGAUUAUCAAAAGCUAGGCAAACUAUAGAAUGCGCAUUCGGAAUUUUGUCAGCCCGAUGGCAAAUUCUUAAGAAUAAAAUGUCUUUUAAAUUGAAAACAUCUAUUGCUGUAGUUCAGGCAUUAGUGUGUCUUCACAAUUUUAUUAUAACUCGCGAAUUAGUUGCAAAUGAAGGUUAUCAGCAUUACUUUCCUGAACACUUAAUGGAACAGUUUAUUCGAGAAAAUCAAACACCACAAAAUGAAGGCAUUAUUUCCGAUGACGAAGUUAUUUCAAGUGACGGCGAAGAAGAUAAUGUUAACGAACCGGAUGAUAUUAAUCCAGUGAAUGCUGACAUCAACGAAUAUGCAGUACAAAGUGCAUUGGCUGACUAUUUUAUGAACCAAUGAAUUUCGUUGAUAAAUAUUACUUAUGUGGUAUUUAGAAACACACUCAGUUUUAUACUUUAAACCAAAAUAUUGCUUAAUUAAAGCAAAAUAUAUAAUAAUAUAUUAUUAAAUAUAAUUUCAACAAAUUGUAUCAGUUUUAAACACUUACAUAUUUCUUAGGAAAAGCAUAAUUAAAUUUAUCGGUUCAAC